CGACAAUUCCGCUGACCUGACACGUGUUAGUAGACUGUGAGGAGUUGUUUUGGGGUUCGGAAAAGCCAAAAGAAUUGGGAAGUUGGCGGAACCUAGAAGAUUCCCUAAGGAUGAAGCUGAAUCUUACCAAGGUCGUUAAUGGGUGUCGUCUUGGGAAAAUUCAAAACCUGGGCAAAGCAGGCAACUGCAGCAUGGACAUUCCAGGAUGCCUUUUGUAUACCAGGACUGGCUCUGCCCCACACCUGACAGAUCAUACACUGAACAAUAUCCAUGGGGUUCCGGCCAUGGCUCAGCUCACGCUGUCAUCUCUAGCAGAACAUUAUGAAGUCUUGGCAGAAUAUAAGAAAGGAGUUGGAAACUUUAUAGGCAUGCCAGAGUCGCUUUUAUACUGCUCUCUGCACGAUCCAGUCAGCCCCUGCCCAUCUGGUUAUGUGACAAACAAGUCAGUGUCUGUCUGGGGUGUCGGAGGACGAGUGGAAAUGACCGCCUCCAAGUUUAUGGAAAUUCAGCAGGCCCUGCAACCCGACUGGUUCCAGUGCCUCUCAGAUGGAGAGGCAUCUUGUGAAAAAUCAGCUUCCAUAAAAAGGGCUAGAAAAGCUGUGGACCGGUCCCUUUUAUUUCUGGACAACUGUCUGCGGCUACAGGAAGAGUCAGAGGUCCUUCAGAAAAGUGUGAUCAUUGGCGUCAUUGAAGGAGGCGAUGUGAUGGAAGAGAGGCUGAGGUCGGCACGAGAGACAGCCAAGCGCCCUGUAGGAGGUUUCCUUCUAGAUGGCUUUCAAGGGAAUCUAAGAACCUUGGAGACCAGACUGCACAUGCUGUCAUCUGUCACUGCGGAGCUGCCAGAGGACAAACCCAGGCUCAUCUGUGGGGUUAGCCAGCCAGAUGAGGUGCUGGAGUGUAUUGAAAGAGGAGUGGACUUAUUUGAGAGUUUUUUCCCUUAUCAAGUAACAGAGAGAGGGUGUGCCUUGACUUUCAGCUUUGAUUACCAGCUGAAUCCUGAGGAGACAAUAUUACAACAAAAUGGUAUACAAGAAGAAAUAAAGUGCAUGGAUCAAGUAAAGAAAGCUAAAACAACUGGUUGCAACCAAGAAAUGACAUCAUUUGAAAUUAAUCUGAAGGAAAAAAAGUAUCAAGAAGACUUCAACUCAGUGGUAAGAGGGUGUUCUUGCUACUGCUGUAAGAAUUACACUCGUGCAUACAUCCACCAUCUGCUGGUGACCAAUGAGCUCCUGGCAGGGGUCCUGCUUAUGAUGCACAACUUUGAACACUACUUUGCAUUUUUCUGCUCUAUCCGAGAAGCACUAAAAAGUGGUAACCUGGCACAGUUGAAAGAGCUCAUCUAUAGGCAAGCGUCUUGAGAUCUGGCAAAUACGAAUCUCCCACGGAGCUCGUACCAUUAACAUCAGAAGAAAUGAAGAAGAAAUGGUGUUCAUCUUAACCAUUUAUACUUGGGAAUGAAAUCAGCUGGACUAAAGAACAUUUUCAAAUUGCUGACAUGAGGAUGAAGAGAUGUCUUCUAAAGACUUAAAUGGCCUAUAUUGGUCAAAAUGAAUUGAAUCAUGAACCUUGAAAAUUUAUAGGUGCUCUCUCUAGUUGAUAGAGAUUCAUUUAGUCAAAAAUAAAAGCUUUAGAUGUGGGGACACACCCUUGAAAGGGAUGAUGAUGUUUUAAAUCAAGACCAUUGAGAUGGGAGCAAAGGAGAUGAUUGUGUAGUAGUAUAACCUUUGUAGACAACACUCCUACUGACUGGAGGAGGAAUCUGACUGUAAGUUUGCUUUGUUUUAGUCCUCAUGCUCAGGAGGCUCUUGUGGAUCCUUUUACCCUCCAUGCUGCCCUGACAGGGCCGUCACUCAGAAAGGACUUCUGUGACUUAACCUUCCAUAUCCCUCUCUGGUAGGUGGGGCUCAAACAUACUCCUGUGAUCAGGUAGCAGAGGUCACACUGCUUCAUUUGGCUGCUUGAUCUGUUUGUGACAUUUCUUCCUAGAGUAGUGUUGGAAACCAAGAGUUAGUCUUGCUGUUUUAUCUGGUUGUUCGGAUCCAAUGUGGUCUGCCCUCCACAUUCAUAAAUACUGUAGUCUAACCACAUGAUGACUGUAGCCCUAUUACUUGUGGAGAUUCAUUCACAAGUGUUUUCUUGGAUAGACCUCUGAAAGAAAUUACAAGAUCAGUUUCAGUCCUUCUAGUCACUUUUAUCAGCUUCGAUGCCUGGGUAAAUUAUGUGACCUCUUCAUUCUGAUUUCUUCCUAACGGGACAGAUACUGUAGUUAGGAUGAAAUCAACCUCUUAAGAUUCUUAUAGUUGCUUGAAAACCAAAAAGUGUAGAUUAGAAUCUUAGUCAUACUUGUUACUCUUGUUUUUUUUUUUUUUAACACUGCUGGCCUGAACUAAUCAUAAUAAUGCAGUAGCACCAGGAGACAGGCACCAGUAGAUAUAUCUAAAACUAAGCAGAUUAGACUGGUUUUAGAAAUGGUUGGUAAAUUGGCAUCAGAAGAUCCCAAGGCAAGGGGCAUCCUUCUAGGGUCCACUCUGAUUUUAUGAUUUUUGUUAUAAUAUUUUUCUUGAUGUUAUAUAGGGAAUUUUUAUUUUCUUUGUGCUUUCUGUAUUUGUCAGUUUUUAUAAGGAUCACAUGUAUAUUUAUAUAUAUAUAUAGCUUUUAUUUAAUUAAAAGCAAAAAUCAAGGUAUCUUUUUACAAAAAUAGGAAAUAUAUUUCUUUCAUACUGUUUUAUAUUUUGCUGUUUUUCAAAUUUUAGUGGGUGUUACUGAACAUCGUGUCUAGCCAUUAUGUGAAAAACUAUGUUGUCAGUUGUAUAGCUUCUCCAUGAGUGGCAAAGGAUACUUGUGGAAGGUAGAAUUUCUGUUCUCAUGGAUUUGUCUUGAAAUGAAUUGUUUUUGUACUUGUUCAUAUGUUACUAUUCUUCAUUGCCAGCCCAUUGAUGUGAAGUACUAGGCAAUAUCUAUGAAUUUCUAUAAAACUUAUCUUUUAUUUAUGUCCAAGGCACUAGAGAUUCUGUUCAGCAUUGUUCAGUUUCCUUGAUCUUUUUCUUAUUAGCACAUUUGAAAAAAGUUUUCUCUUUCUUAACACAGAAAACCUAUUAAAGGCAAUAGUCAAUAAACAUUUUAAGUUAAAAAGAA